GCCCGCACUUUACAACUUACUCUUCGCCAUAAAACUCGACCACGCAGCCGCCCCUGACCGUUUCUCAAUUCUAUGAAGCACCGUUGGUGCGGUGCGCAUGGAGAUAACCUACGCAUCCCCGAGUGCCGGCGAUUUAACUUACCCUUCCUUUACCUCUUCCGGAGCGUCAUCCAUGCCUACCCGACCCGUUAAAAUCAUACCGCUCCAACACCCGGACGCGACGUCGUAUGGAAGCUCGGGUGGUUUUGUUUCUUCUUCUUCUUCUUCUUCGUUUUGGUCUAAUUCUUUGUUUUCAGGAUGGUGGGGAAAGAUCAAAGGGAUGACGUUUAUGGAUUGGAUCGAAAUGUUCCUUCCUUGUUGCCGUUGGAUUCGUACAUACAGAUGGCGGGAGUAUUUCCAGGUUGAUCUCAUGGCUGGUACCACCGUUGGUAUCAUGCUCGUUCCGCAGGCAAUGUCAUAUGCAAAAUUAGCAGGGCUUGAACCAAUAUAUGGGCUAUACUCUGGAUUUGUGCCAAUAUUUAUCUAUGCCAUAUUUGGGUCAUCUCGGCAGUUGGCAAUUGGUCCAGUUGCAUUGGUUUCCCUCCUGGUCUCCAACGUGUUAAGUGCAAUUGCUGAUUCAUCAGAUGCAUUAUACACAGAACUUGCUAUAUUGUUGGCACUAAUGGUUGGAAUCCUGGAAUGCAUAAUGGGCCUAUUGAGGCUUGGAUGGCUUAUACGUUUCAUUAGUCAUUCUGUGAUUUCUGGCUUCACAACAGCUUCAGCCAUUGUAAUUGCUUUAUCUCAAGCAAAGUAUUUUUUGGGGUAUGAAAUUGAUCGAAGCAGUGAGAUUGUGCCGAUAAUCAAGAGCAUAAUAUCUGGAGCUGAUGAGUUCUCAUGGCCCCCUUUUGUAAUGGGAUCUAUAAUUCUUGCAAUACUUCAGACCAUGAAGCAUUUGGGAAAAUCAAGGAAGCACCUGAGAUUCUUGCGAGCAAUGGGUCCCCUGACAGCAGUUGUUCUGGGUACAACAUUUAUCAAGAUAUAUCAUCCAUCAUCUAUUACUUUGGUAGGGGAUAUACCUCAGGGCCUUCCCAGCUUUUCCAUCCCUACAAGUUUUCAGUAUGUAAAGUCCUUAAUUCCAACUGCAUUUCUCAUUACGGGUGUAGCCAUCUUGGAAUCUGUCGGGAUUGCCAAAGCAUUGGCUGCAAAAAAUGGGUAUGAGCUGGAUUCAAAUCAAGAGUUGUUUGGUCUUGGUGUUUCCAAUAUCUUUGGGUCAUUCUUUUCAUCAUACCCCACAACAGGUUCCUUCUCCAGGUCAGCUGUGAAUCAUGAGAGUGGGGCUAAAACUGGCUUAUCUGGAAUUAUAACAGGAAUCAUAAUGGGUUGUGCUCUUUUGUUCUUGACUCCUUUAUUUGAGUACAUACCACAGUGUGCUCUGGCUGCUAUAGUAGUGUCUGCUGUUAUAAGCCUGGUGGAUUAUGAAGAGGCAAUUUUCUUAUGGGGUGUAGAUAAGAAAGAUUUUCUUCUUUGGACUGUUACAACUACUACAACAUUGUUUCUUGGAAUUGAGAUUGGUGUCCUUGUUGGGGUUGGUGUUUCACUUGCCUUUGUCAUUCACGAAUCAGCAAAUCCUCAUAUUGCUGUCUUGGGGCGUCUUCCUGGCACCACUGUUUACAGGAACAUUCAGCAGUAUCCGGAAGCAUAUACUUACAAUGGAAUUGUGAUUGUUCGUAUUGAUGCACCUAUCUAUUUUGCAAACAUAAGUUACAUCAAAGACAGGUUACGAGAAUAUGAAGUUGUGGUUGAUAAAUCGACAAGACGUGGACCAGAAGUCGAAAGAAUUUAUUUUGUGAUUUUGGAGAUGGCACCUGUUACAUACAUAGACUCUAGUGCUGUCCAAGCUCUGAAAGACUUGCACCAUGAAUAUAAAUCGCGGGACAUCCAGAUAGCCAUCUCCAAUCCAAACCGGGAGGUCCUAUUGACCUUGUCAAAAUCUGGUGUGGUGGAGUUGAUUGGUAAGGAGUGGUACUUUGUGAGGGUGCAUGAUGCAGUCCAAGUUUGCCUCCAGCAUGUUCAAAGCAUAAAGGAAGCUUCCAAGGCAUCAGAUCCAUCACCUGAAGAAAAACCAAGUUUCUUCCAGAGAUUACUGAAACAAAGGGGAGAGGAUUCAUUGGUUGCAGAGCUAGAGUCAGGUAAUAAUACACCUUCGGAUUUGAUACACGGUGACCCUCACUUGGAGCCAUUGCUGUUUCGAAAUUCUUGAAAUUUGCUUGUACCUGAAGCAAAUGUGACAAUAAUGCCAUUUUAACAAGGCAUUUCCGAUAUAGAUAUUUAUUCAAUUGUUCCGGCUGUAAAGGUCGAUUGUUUAUUUGUAACCUCUUGGGAAAAAAAAAAAAAAACAAGGGUUGAUUGUUACCUUUGUAAGUAUUCUUGUUUGUUAUAAAAGAUAAUGUAAUCAAAUUAAGAUUAGAACUAAAGACUUCAAUUCUUGUCUGUAUUUUGCUUGGAAACAGCAUUGUACUACAAGUCUUGCCAUAUUUGUUAGCUGUGUAAAACUGCUUCUUGUAUAAUUAUGGUUCAAUUACUUGUUAUGGAUGCA